CGGAAGAAAAUGGCGGCCGUGGCUGCAGAGCCCGGAGCUGCGGCGGUUCCGACAACUUCGACGGCGGCGACGGACGACGAGGGCCCGAAAGAAACGGGCCCGGGACUCCCCGGAGCCGCGCUGGAGUCUGAGGGGCCGCGGGAGUUCGGCCCGGUCGUGGAGCUGGUCGUCCCCCGGGUGGAGGAUGGUGGGGAUGGGGAGGAGCGCCGCCAUGUCAGGCCGGAGCAAGAGCCUGCGGCGGGAAAAGCUCGGUGUGAAAACGUCGCUAACGACGAACUGAUCCGGAACUUCCCCGCGGACCGGGUCAGCAUGGACCGGUUCGCUCUCGGACUACCGGGGGAUCCGGAGGGCGGCGGGAACGUGUCGGUGCAGGCGGUGUACCGCAGCAUCCUCUCUGACCCGCAGCCCUCCGCCGUCUUCCUGCACUCCCCCCCUGCUCCGCCGCCCGUCACCGAGGCCGGGCUGUCUCUGGCCGAACCGGCGGUACCGACCACCAACGUGACGACAGACCGGGCCGAGGCAUACACGGUCCUCGACCCACCCGAGCUGAAGCCCGGGCCCGCGGUGGACGCCAUGUUGGACGGUAACGCGGACCGGUUGUCGGUCCCGGUCAGCCGGGACGGGAUGGACCCGGACACCGGGGGACACGAGGAGCCGGUGGGGCGCGGCCCGCGGGAAUCGUCCCCACCCGGCCGGUCCCCGAAGAGACGUCCGGUGACGGAGGGCCCCUCCCGCCUCGAGCCCGCACCCGAACCCGGUCUCGGUGCUCCCUCACUCGCAUCCUGUCAGGAUCUGAGUCCUGGAUCCGAGGUCCGGGUCUGCCUGGACCACGUCAUCGAUGACGCGCUGGUGGUGUCCUUCCGGCUGGGGGAGAAGGUUUUCUCCGGGGUGCUGAUGGACGUCUCCAGGAGGUUCGGACCGUACGGCAUCCCCAUCACGGCGUUUCCGCGACGGGACGAUCGGAGUCGGCCUCAGAUGUCUCUGCAGCCGGGGCCUGUCGCCGAUGACGACCCGUCCACCAAACAUGAUCAGGCCACCGUCGAGCCUUCGCCGCCUCCCCCCCCUCCCCACCCAUGGACCACCAAACCGCCACCUUUGUUCCAGGAGGGGGCGCCGUACCCUCCUCCUCUGUUCAUCAGGGACACAUACAACCAGGCCUUACCUCAGCCACUGCCACGCAAGAUCAAACGGCCAAAGCGGCGCUAUCGAUGCGAGGAGCCAACCUCCAUCAUGAACGCCAUCAAGCUCCGCCCCCGCCAGGUGCUCUGUGACAAGUGCAAAGGUGUGGUGGCCUCAGGUGGGCACAGGGAGGCACGGCGGGGCCCGGUGGACCUGAGGGGCGAGGAGGUGUCUCGGCGGAGGAGGCCGGCCGAGGGACCGAUCUCCUCUGAGGUCAAAAGGCUACGAAGUGAUGACAAAGGAGGACGAACUGCCACCGACAGACGUUCGUCAUCAGGGAUCUGCAUGUCAUCAUCAUCAUCUUCUUCUUCUCGCCGUGCUCUGAGGGGUGUGGCUCCAUCUUCAUCAUCCUCAUCCUCAUCCAGCCACAUGUGUCUCAAGCUGAACUCUAAGAAGGCUCUGGCCAAAGGUUCUGCCGGCGAUCGCUCCAAAGCACGACAGGUUCUCAAGAAGCUGGCAAGGAGCUCGCAGCCGCCGGCAGAUCGUCGGCCCAAAGACCAGAACCAGAGCCAGAGCCAGGACCACACCAAGGCUGUGACCCGAGCCGCCGCCCUGCAGAACCACAACCAGAAGGUCCACUUCACCCGCCGCCUGCAGCACCUCAGCGGCACCGCCAUCAGCCCAAGCGCCCACACGGCGCUGCCGCCCAGAAUGCGCCUAAAACCCCAAAGGUAUCGUACCGAUGAAAACAUGGCCGCCUCCUCCUCCUCCCCCUCCCCGCCCAAACUGAGCGCUCGCUCAUCACCUCCCAAACCUGCUGUAAGCCCCGUCCCCAUAUCGGACCUGGUCCCGCGCACUGACACCCCGCUCCCCUCGACCACAGCUCCGCCCCAAGAGCUUCCCCCUUCCACCUGUGCAUUCAGUGUUGUCGUGGAGACGCAGGAGGUUGGCCCUGCUUUGGAGGAGGGCACAGAUCAGGGAGGAGGAGGGGGGGAGGGGCAGGUAGUGGAGCCACCACUCACCUCCUCCUCCCUGGACUUGACCCACUCAGAGUGCAGCUCCACAGAGACCCUUGACCCCCCACCCACUGGAGACCCGCCCUCCUUGUCCUCUUCCCUCGCUCCCGCUCCCCCUUUCUCCUCCUCGUUAGCACAGCGGUGCCCCUCCUCUUCUUCCUCCCCCGCCACCCCUCCCCCCAGAUCCGACAGUGAGGAGCCGCAGGUUGGCGGUGAGGAGGAGGAGGACGAGGAGGGAGGUGAACUGAAGAGGCGCCGUAAGUCUUCCACAUCCUCCUCCUCCUCAUCGUCUUCGUCGUCUUCUUCGGUCUUCUCAAAGUCCGUGUCCAAGUGUUCGCUCCCUGAUGGUCGGACCGUGUGCGUUGGCGACAUCGUCUGGGCGAAGAUCUACGGUUUCCCCUGGUGGCCGGCUCGCGUGCUCGGCAUCACGGUGGCGCGGCGCGGCGACACGGGGCUGUCGGUGCGGCAGGAGGCGCGAGUGUCGUGGUUCGGCUCGCCCACCACCUCCUUCCUUCCACUGACCCAGCUGUCGCCCUUCCUGGAGACCUUCCAGUCUCGCUUCGACAGGAAGAGGAAGGGUCCGUACCGACGGGCCAUCGCGGAAGCCGCCAGCGCUGCUAAACAGCUAACGCCUGAAGUCCGAGCGCUGCUCACGCAGUUCGAGACGUAGCAUCCGUUAAAAUUACCCCCAAAUCCCGGCCACGCCCCCAACCCCAAUCACUGCCCUGUCCCAGACAGGUAGCGGGAGGAGCUUCCUUCCUGGACAGAUACUUGUCCGUCUGUCAGAGACUGAUGACGGUCAGAUGGACAAUAGAAAGGGGCGGAGCAUGUCGUUACCAGUCAGUGUUAGGGGUGUGGCUUAUCUCUGCAGUCUCCUCCCCCCCUGUGUUCACCAGCAGGUGUCUGCCAACCUUUCCACUCGCCAUCAAGUCGUAGCACCGUCUUUGUUUGGUUUAUCACAGAGUUACACAUCACUUGCAAAAUUAAACAACCCUGAUAAUGUGCCAGUGAUGUCAUAGUGAUGUCCUGAUUGGCUGAGAGACCGACAACACAUCAGUGUCACAGUUUUCCGUCUGUAAUCGUGCUAAAAAAAAUUUCAAAAAAACACUAAUAAUUGUAUAACUAAGCAAACAGCUGUUAAGCUAAGCACGACCGUACUGGACACCAGUGGUUGAUUGAUAAUCAAGAGAUUCAAUUAUUGUUGAAUGUGGUUCAGUCGACUGAUGGCGAUGUGAAACGCUGACGUGUCACUUCCUGUUUAGAGUCACUUCCUGUUUAGUCUCCGGGUUGCUCUGGGUUCUACUGGGGACCCUGAAAACUUUUUAUUUUUUCAAAGAAGCUCAAUUUUAGGAUAAAGACUGAAACAGUUUGUCAAAACUGAGGCAGGAGGCCCAGAUCAGGGUCCAGACCAGGGUCCAGUCGAGUCAGGGUCAGUUCUGAUCCCAUCGAUAGAAAAAAUUGAGUGAUCGAUAAAUCAGCUGUGACAUCGACUCUUCUCUGAUUGGUUCACAAGGUCCCAGGUCCCUGCAGUCCUGUAUCUGAUCAGGUCCCUGUAGUCCUGUAUCUGAUCAGGUCUCUGUAGUCCUGUAUCUGAUCAGGUCCCUGUAGUCCUGUAUCUGAUCAGGUCUCUGUAGUCCUGUAUCUGAUCAGGUCUCUGUAGCCCUGUAUCUGAUCAGGUCCCUCUGUAGUCCUGUAUCUGAUCAGCUCCCUCUGUAGUCCUGUAUCUGAUCAGCUCCCUCUGUAGUCCUGUAUCUGAUCAGGUCUCUGUAGUUCUGUGGAUGCCCAAGUGGACGUGUUCGGACCAGGAUCCUGGAACAUAUUUUAUGUUUGAUCAGUCCGACUCUGAUCACUUGUCAAACUCAUUGAUCGGAAGUUUUCAUUGAUUUAGAAAUAAUUCUGCUGCUGUUAAUUUAAAGACUUUUAUUUUGAAGCUCAGAGAUGUUGCUGAUGUCUUACUCGCUGGAGCCUCCCGUAUCUGACAGAGGGACAGGUAGGACACUGACUGUGGGACAGGUAACAGACACUGACUGUGGGACAGGUGGGACACUGACUGUGGGACAGGUGGGACACUGACUGUGGGACAGGUAACAGACACUGACUGUGGGACAGGUAACAGACCCUGACUGUGGGAUGGCUCCUCUUACGAUGACAGUGAUGAAGACGAUGGUGAAGAUGUCUUUGGACUUUGUCCCGCUCUGCUCGGGGACGAUGAUGUCGUGGGACUUUUGUUUUUCGUCCCGUCAGACUCUUUUGUUUCACGUCUGUUUGCAGAUCAGAGAUUCUGAACUACAGUGAAAUCAUGGAGAUCAAAGAGUCGACGUCUGUACGUGUUUUUUCUCAUGUUUGAAAUUAUUAAUAAACUGUCAAUUCAA